GUUGUAUCUGUGAUCACAUUCGGAAUGAAUUCUCCAUGGCCGAGUUUUAAUGAGGAUGUGGGAGACAGCCGCUCGCUGGGCAACGUUCGGGUCCUUGAAUGGAAGCACUUGAAGGAAAGGUGUCGGACGCUGCAAAUGGAAAACUGCGUGUGGAAUUACAUGAGGCGUUGGGCCACCGCCACGCUGGCUCACUUCAUCAUAGUCAUUGAAUGUCUGAUGUUUGUUCACAUUACUCUGCUCCUGACCCUAGUCAAGAAUGUAUACUUUUAUGAACUGGUUCCGUACCUGUUGGUUUUGAUUCUGAUGCCACUGGUAAUGAUGGUUUGCCUGAAGGAUAACCACAAAGAGUGUUACGCCAGCAACAUGAUAGCCAGCUGGGUGAUGGCUUUUCUGCUGACGAUUAUGGACAACUUUGUUUCAAUUUCUCAUGGCGGCAACGUUGUGCUGAUGCCCAGCUACGAUCACAUUGUGCUGGCUGCUAUUUACUUGUAUCUGCCAGUUGCGUUCUUGGAUCGAGGCAGACCUUAUAUCCUUGGCCUGGCCGUUUCCGUCGUGUACUUUUGUUGCUCGUGCUGGCGGCUGACGGCCAACAAAGCACAGCUCCUUCCUACUCUCGUGUGCUAUGCGUUGUAUCUCUUCUAUCAGAAUCUCGUCUUGGCAUUAUUUUUCACGCUGCGAGUGUUUGGUGUGCGACGCCUAAUUCUCAAUCGCCAUCAGCUGGUCUACGAAAAAAUUGUGCUCAAGAUGGUGAUGAAGAACGAGAAGGCCCUGCUGGAGUCCAUUACCCCAGCCGAAAUGGACCAAACGCUGCAGGAGGACAUUCGCACGCGCAUCGAGGAUGAGCGACAGGGUAAAAAGAUACCCAAAUUGCGCAAACUCUUUGUGGAGCCACAUCCGGCUGUGUCCAUACUGGUCGCCGACAUGGUAAACUACACGCACCUAACCAACACCCUGGAUGCGCGGAGUCUGGUCGAGAUUCUGCACGAGCUGUUCGUCAACUACGAUCGGGCAACCAAGCGGAAUGACGCGCAGCGCAUCAAGUUCCUCGGAAAUGCCUACAUUUGUGUCUGCGGCAUUCCCAUGUACAACCCCGACCACGCCUGCAGCUGCGUGGACCUGGCGCUCGACAUGAUCAGCAUAACCCAACAGGUGCGCGAGCACUGGAUGCUGAACAUCGACCUGCGCGUCGGUGUGCACUCGGGAGAGGUGUUCGCCGGCGUCAUUGGCCACAUCAAGUGGCAGUACGACAUUUGGUCUAAGGAUGUGGACAUUACCAAUCGCCUGGAAAUGUGGGGAGAGCCGGGCAAGGUGCACAUCUCCAAUCACACUCUCAGCCUGCUGAACGACGAAUUUCUCUACGAGGAAGGCACCGACAGUGCCAGGAACGACCCCGUGCUGCAGAAGGCGGAGAUCUACACGUACUUGGUCAGUAGUCGUCAUCCCGAUUUUAUGGAGCCCUGCUUUGGUCUGGACUCGAAUAUUCGUGGUGUCUCCCUAGCCUCGUACCGCACGAGCUACAGCAAUAUCUACGAGGAGGUGGCAAAGAAGACAAAGAAGAAUAUGGAGAACGAAGUGAAGCACAUGCCAGCCGGACAAUUCAUUUACUUCUGUAGAGCCCCCAAAAGGGAAGGAGAGGAACCGAACGAGGAUCAACUGUUAAAUGCGCACAUCACCUAUGGCUUGAUGAAGUUUCAUAGCGCGCGCAUGGAGUGCGCUUACAUGAAAAUGCCAGAUCUGCUGAUGAAGUACAAUCUAGUCAUUGUGCUGGUUGCCGCAGUGGGGGUCAUCGCGAUGAAUAUUACGGUAUCUGUCUCCACAAUGUUCAAGGAACUACUUGCGAUGCUGCUGGUGCUUGUGCUCAUCUGCUUGAUUGGUGGCUAUAAGAAGUUGUGGCUGCAGUUCCAUGUUACGACGCCCAUGGGACAGCCGUCCUUCUGCCUAAACCGUUGGCUCAUCUGGAUGUCGGAGCUAAUUGAGCAGCAGACGUUACGUGUGGGCAUGCCCCUCUCCAUAUUUGUCAUACUUCUUGUCUUCGUAAUCGCCACGACCGGCGUGCUUGUGUGCAGCAGAGCCGAGUUUGAGAUUGAGUUAAUCGAAUCGGAUGUGGCCGAUGAGGAGCCUCAGAUGAUGUGCUUCCUGCCCUGGGUACUCACUCAAUCGGUGAUCAUUGUGCUCAGCCUGCUAUUCUUCUUUGAAGCCCUGGCGCUCUCCUUCAAGAUGGGCCUUGGGCUGUUUAUCCUCAGCUGCCACCUGUUUAUCAUACACGCACACUACGGAUUCGCGUUCGAGCGAUCGGAGACAAUCAAUAUGAACUUAAAGGCGGAAUUUGCGCACACCUGGUAUCUGCUUGCCUACUUUAUAGUACUCUCUGUUAAGCAGCGUCACUCCACGUACAUCAACAAGGCGAUCUUCUUCACUCGAGGGCGCUACGAGAAGACACGCAAACUGACAGAGGACACAACAAAGUCCAUCAAGAUCAUUAUGCUGAACAUGUUGCCCUCGCAUGUGGCUGACAACUUCCUGGAGAUACGGCGCAACGAUCAGCUCUUCUAUGAGAACUUCAAGAACGUGGCCGUGAUGUUUGCCAGCAUUGAGAACUACGCUGCUGAUCGGGCUGGCAUCCGAGUGCUGCACGAGUUCAUCUGCUACUUUGACGAGCUGCUGGUGAACUUUGGCCGCAAGUACAAGAUCGAAAAGAUCAAGGUGAUGGGCUGGACGUACAUGGCUGCCUGUGGCCUCUCGGCGGAACAUUACACUCCUGUCAGAAAAGAGGAAUCGGAACUUAGCUCGAGAUCAAAUAGCGUACGCGUCGGGUCCAACGAAUCUUCAGAGCCUUCCUUUUUGAUGGAUGACGACGAGUUCGUUUUAAUCAUGACUGAUUUUGCCGUCCAUCUGUUGCGCAUCAUGAACAACAUCCAGGUGGAGGACAUCUUCUACGAGCUCGAUCUGCCGAAAAGCUUGCGGGGGUGCCUGAAAAUUGGAAUCGCUCAUGGGCCUGUGAAGGCUGGCGUUGUGGGCCACUCGAAGCCGCACUAUUACAUCUGGGGCAGCACCGUUAACAUGGCAUCCCGCUUGACAAGCACAGGACUGCAGGGCGCUAUCCAGGUGGGCGAGUCCACUGCUCAAGUGCUGCGUCGCAACAACAUCCGGUGCAGCUAUCGGGGGCAGAGUUGGCUGGAGGGCAUGAGCAACUAUCCCACAUAUGUGGUGGAUCUGGAUGACACUCUAGAGUUUCAGUACAACGAUGAGAGGUCUUCUGAACAGGACAGCGAGGAGGAGCAGGAAGAGCGCACUCUUGGCGGUAGCACGGGCAGCGACUGCUAGUCUUAUGAUAUUUUUACUUAGUAUUAAUAUAGAUUUAUUAAGAAUAUAUAACACACAUAGAGAUA